CUUAUAUUGUAGCGUUGCUGCUGAAGACAGGUCGUAGUUCUCACACAAGUUGAUUAAGUUUUUAUUGAAUUUUCAAACUAUCUUACCAAAAUGGAUGACGAUGUUGCUGCUUUAGUUGUUGAUAAUGGAUCUGGUAUGUGCAAAGCUGGUUUUGCUGGCGAUGAUGCUCCUCGAGCUGUAUUUCCAUCGAUUGUUGGUCGUCCUCGCCAUCAAGGUGUGAUGGUUGGUAUGGGCCAAAAAGAUUCAUAUGUCGGUGAUGAAGCUCAAAGUAAAAGAGGUAUCCUAACGUUGAAAUAUCCUAUCGAACACGGCAUCGUAACUAACUGGGACGACAUGGAGAAAAUUUGGCAUCACACAUUUUACAACGAACUUCGUGUUGCCCCCGAGGAACAUCCAGUCCUGUUGACCGAAGCUCCACUCAAUCCUAAAGCGAAUCGUGAAAAAAUGACACAGAUUAUGUUUGAAACGUUCAACACUCCAGCCAUGUAUGUCGCCAUUCAAGCAGUGUUGUCGUUGUAUGCUUCUGGUCGUACAACUGGUAUAGUGUUUGACAGUGGUGAUGGUGUCUCUCACACUGUACCAAUCUAUGAAGGUUAUGCUUUGCCUCACGCCAUCCUUCGUCUUGAUUUGGCUGGUCGUGAUUUGACAGAUUACCUCAUGAAGAUCUUGACAGAGAGAGGUUAUUCUUUCACGACGACAGCUGAACGUGAAAUUGUUCGUGAUAUAAAGGAGAAGCUGUGCUAUGUUGCCUUGGACUUUGAACAAGAGAUGGACACUGCAGCAAGCAGCUCCAGCUUGGAGAAGUCCUAUGAAUUGCCUGAUGGUCAAGUUAUUACUGUUGGCAAUGAGCGAUUCCGAUGCCCAGAAGCACUCUUCCAACCUGCCUUCCUUGGUAUGGAGUCUGCAGGUAUCCAUGAAACCUGUUACAACUCCAUUAUGAAGUGUGAUGUUGAUAUCCGUAAGGAUCUUUAUGCCAACACUGUCUUGUCUGGUGGCACGACUAUGUUCCCUGGUAUUGCUGACAGAAUGCAGAAGGAAAUCACCGCCCUUGCCCCUCCCACUAUGAAAAUCAAGGUUAUUGCUCCACCAGAAAGAAAAUACUCUGUCUGGAUUGGUGGUUCCAUCUUGGCCUCUCUUUCCACCUUCCAACAGAUGUGGAUCUCCAAACAAGAAUACGACGAAUCUGGACCUUCGAUUGUGCACAGGAAAUGCUUCUAGGGAUCUAAUUGUUUGUGUGAGAACUUUGACUGUUGAUAUUUCAGCUUGUAAUAUGUUGGCUUGGAGGUGUUAUCACACUGUCCAAUGAAAUCAAACUGGACAUAGGAAAUAACUUUUGUAGAGUGAAUGUGUAAUCAUUUUGUAAUUAAUUUCUUGUAGGAACAAAUUAAAAAUAUCUAUUUAUCAA